AGAAGGAGGCAUUCUGGGAUUCGUUCCAGAGCUGGGAUGCUGACCACCAGGAUGCCAUCGCAUCCCAGGCCCAUGACACGAGGGCUGGCUUCGGAAGAAUCAGCAAGACAGAGGCACAAAGGAAAGCCAAGAAUAGGAAAGGGCAACAGGGUGAAGGGGUGCGGAGCUCUCACGUCCUGCCAGUGCCAGAAGGAGCCCUGACUUGAAAUCCACAGCACCGAGAAGUCAGAGAUGUGAGCUGGGAGCAGAGGAAGCCAGUGCGGGCAGGACGGCAGGGGCUGGCCGACCUGACUGACCAUCCCGGGGCGUGUGGAUGGGCCUGUUGGCUGCGAAGAAGCUGUCCUGCUCCCAGUCCCACGUGCUGCGGACUGCCCUUUGGCCCGGCCCAUCUGAGGGGCUGGGAAGUGGCUGGGGUUACGGGCAAUGUUAGGACAGAGGCAGCGUGGACUCCCAUACAGCAUUCGUGGAACACGUUUAUUGACGGCCUGAGCCCUGGGAAUCCAGGAAUAACCUGAGACAUUGGAACAGCCUCUUUAGAAAAAUGAAGUCUGUCCCCAGCCAGACUCUAAAGUCGUUGUCCUUCCUGGACCUGGGCUGCCCUUCGUGCCUUCGUGCAAUCCAUGGGACUUGAUUUCCUUGACCGCUGGUGGCGCUCUUCACCCUCUUGGGGCCCCGCACUCUCCAGUCUGCACAGGCCGGGUGUCUGGAGAGCCAGGCACCGUGACAAACACCCUCCACCCCAAGCAGGGGGAGCUGUCCUGGCUCCAGGAGAGGAGGGGGCCCGGACGGUGGCUUGGCUCAUCACGGCUGUACUAAGGUUUCCCUAGCUGACUCCAAGGGGUGGCAGACAAUCCCGCAUUGUCACCAGGGCUGCGCCAUGGAGCAGAGGCGCUGCGGUGAGAGCCCCGGGCCUGGGCUUGUCCAGGUGAGUGCCUGCAAUCACCCAGUGCCCUCUAGGACGGGAGACCCUGGGCAUGCCCUGGGUAGGGGAUGGGAGCGCAGGACCCACCUCAUGCACCUCAGCCCCUGCCUUCCUGACCCAGCCUGCUCUCCAGUCUCUGUUCCAGGCCCCACAGACUGCAGUGUGCCCCCAGGUGAAGGCCAAGGCCUGCCCUGCAGGCUGGAGGAGCCCCAGCCUGCUGCUGCUGCUGCUGGCACUGGCCACUGCUGGGGCUGUGGCCGGAGGACUUCUUGGCUUUGCUCACAGUCCCCCCAAGCCUCUGCUGCAGAUGCUCCGUCUGACCCCCCCAAGCCCUGGGGCACCCCGGUCCAACCAAACUGCACAGGUGGAUGCGGCCCGAAAUGUGGCAACCAUCCAGGUGACCUCGGCUCAGAGCAACCGCAGCUGGGCAGUGCUGUUCGACGGGCAGAGCGGCUGCGUCUGUUACCGCCCCUCGGAACACCCGGCCUGCUUCCUCUGCCCAAUGGAGCCCCGAGACCGUGAGACCCUACAGCUGCUGGUGAACACAUCCAGGGGCCACGGGCCCCCUGGCCCCAGCCAGGACACCCAUUACGCCCAGGAGCUGCUGGCAGUGCUGGGGAGCCGCGAGGUGGACCCUGCCCAGGUGGGCGACUCUGUGCGGCAUCUUUGCAGCAAGACGCCCAUUUACUGGGCCCGCCGAGCAGAGGGGCCCCAGAGGCAGCGGCUCAUCUACCUGUGCAUCGACAUCUGUUUCCCCAGCAACAUCUGCGUGUCUGUCUGCUUUUAUUACCUCCCAGACUAAGUGCCGCACCCGGCCAGCCCCC